GCGAUUCGUGGCAGUUGGUUUUUGUAAACUGUUUAAAGUUGUCUCAGAUGUCAUAUUAUGAUUUGUUAGGUUUUUCUUUAGACGAUGAUGAGGACUUUUACAGCUGUGACUAAGACAACUGUGAAGUUUCUCCUCGCCUCCUUCAUGUUCUCUGCUGUGAACAUGGUUCAAAAACAUUAAAAGCAUUGUAUGUAUAGAUUUACCAUUAGAUUGUUUAGAUUAGUGUGCAUGACGUUUAGAUGGGCUCGUACACUUUAAUGUUACCGGCAAGAGAAGUUACUCAAGCCUUACAUAGUACAUGCCAUCUGUCUUCUCACAGGUCAUCGACUCCUAUUAUACAAUAACUGAGCGAUUAGUUGAUUCUUAUGUAUACCGAGCUAAUGCCAAUCAUGGUGCUCCAGACUUUUAUAAACCCCUCCUGUUGGAGACAAUAAUCACAACUAGAUCUGUUUUAUAAAAAAAAUUUUCUUUUAGACAGCAGUGAAAUUAAACAAGGACCAAAUGGAGACUUUUACUGUUCAUUAUACUUCUCAGAACAAGAGCCCAUAAUAAGAAUUCUUUAUGAACUUAAACAUUUAUCAUUCAUUUCUUCCCAAACUAAAUUAGUUGUGUUGUUCAUUGUAUAGCUUAAUUGUCUCAGUAUUUCUUUUCUCCUAUGAAAAUUUAUAAAUCAGGGUCCUUGUAAUCCUUAAAAGUUUGUGAAUCUGAGGGAAAAAUUCAAGGCCCUGGCAAGUUUUUAAAAAUAUACAUACAUAGAUACAGGUCAUUGAAAGUGCUUCAAUCUAUUUUAUGCAAGAAAAAAAAUCCAUAUUAUUCCCUGUGUAGUGUAGGAUAAUGUCAUUAAAAUUCUAGAACGUGCUAAACUGUUCACUUAAAUGCUUAUAUGUUCUGUAUGCGACUGUUGAUUCAUACCAAAAUGUUUUUUUGCAUAGUUGUGUUUGACAAAUUAAAAAGUCUUGGGUUAUGUAUGUAACUGUUGUUCCCUGAGAAGGGAACGAGGCGCUGCGUCUCCCUUGCCAUACUUCCCGCAUCCCUGUAACGCCGUCUUUGGCAAUAUUUCAAAUAGCGAUAUAGUUUCUGGCUCCCGCGUGUUACCACCUUGUCUUUGUCGUUAAGCCUCACCAUUGGUUGAAUUUGAUAUACACAUUCAGACGCACUUACCCCUGGAGGCGUCCUUAAAGUGUCACUGCAGUGACGCAGCGCAAGUUCCCUCGAAAGGGAACUGUAACAAUGUAUCUUUAAGGUAACACAAUGUAACCUUGCUCUCACUUGAAAUGUGUCCCCACAUUUAGUCCUUGAGUUUGAGGGUAUUAGACCUGGAAAAUCCUUGAAAGUUCCUUGAAUUUGAAGUUAACUAAUGUGUGGGAACCCUGAUAAAUAACACUUUAGACAAGGCUGAUACUUCAACAAAGCUAUCAAAAAGCAACUUGUGCACGAUUUAAAAAGUCUUUAUGAGUUACUUUUGUGUUAUUGUUAUUUAAUUUUAUGGCUUAUCUUUAUUGUGUAGUAUUUAUUAUGUGUCGCACUCAAGCUUAAUUUUAGAUUGGUGUGUAUGUCUUUUGUCUAACUGUAUUUAUUACUUUAUUAUGGUACGCUUGAGUUUUCCUGUGAACUGUAUUUUAGUCUCUGAAAUGGCUUCUGCUAAGUUCAGAAUAGCACUUCGCCUGGCGGCUGCUGUAUGUUGUGUAAUAAAAUCAUUACACUUAAAUGAUUCCAGUGGUUUGUGCUUCAAUGUUUCUCAGCUAGAAUCUACAUCUAAUUCGCCACGUGGCACGUUUAAAUCCUAGCUUUGCAUGCUUUGUCCUAAGACUUGGAUAUUUUUAAACUAAUGGACAAAAGAAAUCGCAUAACAGACGCGGAGCGGCCCCCCUUCACAGAGAGUCCAAAUUUACUCUUGUAUAAUGAUGAGACAAAGACAUCAAAACACUUAAUCCGCUAAAGAAAAUAAAGGGAUAGACGAGAGAGAGAGAGCAAAGGAUGGAAGAGCAGCAGAUGGCCAGAAAGACGUCAAUCCUUCUCAUUCCUCCGAGGAAAACAGUGGGGCAGGAAAGAGAUGAUUACUAGGGACAUUGACGUUGGUUGUGGAGACCCUGGACGUCAGAGAGAUGAGGGGGAGAUUAAGGGUGUUGUAUUAGGAUGCUGCCUGAUAAAGAGGCUAAAUGGCAGCUUUAUUUAAUGAAUACACAAACAAAGGUUAAUCAAACAAAUGUAACAAAAUAUAAAAGAGGAUAUCAGGGUAUAAAUUUGACCCGCUUGAUUCUUCCAUUGUUCAUGGUAUAUUCAUGUUGAGUCAUAUUUCCCUUAAUCACUCUUGUUAAACUCAUCUGUCAACACUUGAACUGAGAAUGUUUAUUAAUAAUUUACAGGGAUGCGACAAUUAUUUACAGAACAUUACUGACAUGCAUGCAAGCUCAACACAUGUGGGUUAGGACUUAUGUGUCUCUUUUUUAAAACAUAUGUGUGUUUGUAUAUCUUUAGUUGCAGUCUUGUUUUAUUUAGCAAAUCAUGCACAUCUUAACUUGCUCAUAAAUAAAUGUUAAUACUGUAGAUUAUGACCUGAGGUCACAGCGCCCUCUAUAGCUGAGGAGAGGCUAGUGCAGCGUCCCAUCUCCUGUCAUCACUGAGUGCGUACAGAUGCUUCGAUGAGCUCAUUUUAUGGUCUCUUAUCUGGCUCAUGUUUAAACUGCCACCUCUGAUCUUUUUUGCUCUCAGAUGGGGCUAUAGCUAAAACACUUUGUAUUAAAUAAACAGCUAUCAAUCUAAUACGCUUUUUAUGCGUGGAAAAUACGUAUUUCUCCUCUGGAUGCCAGGAUGAAGUGCGUGACUUCACGGACCAACUUAUGAGUUUCCCCAUCGGUUUAUCCUUGUUCAUUUCCUGAAAACUAUUUUGUUAUCAUUUUUCCUUUUUAUAUGUUAAUGACUCAUGGAUUCUCUCUCAUAGCUUCCAUAUAAAUAAGAUAUUACAGCACAUCUUUCGCAUAGACAAUUAUAGGUCUUGGAGAUAUCACUUCAUGCUCCCCUUAUCGUAUAGAUUACAGUUUAGUUUAUUUACUUUUUUGAAUUGUGCUCUACUUUUAAGAGAUUUUAAUUGAAUUAUUAUAGGGUUUUUUUAUACCCUGCAUUUUUACAGAUUCCCACCUGCACAGCUCAGCCUAUCAUGUUUUUAGCUGCCUUACUUAGUUUUCUUAUGGUUUUUCCCCAUCUUCAUUUGUGUAUGUAUGUUCGUGCACAGAGUGUACUUAUACCCUUCGGCAGUCAGGUCAGGGAACGGCUACUCUACACAGAGAACCGAAAACGAGGACUGUUUAUUGAAAUUAGUGAUGAUGGCUCGGUGAGAGGGUCUUCAACACAAAACCCUAACUGUGUACUGGAAAUGCGGUCAGUGAAUGCGGGUGGGACGGUCAUCAGAGGUGUAGCUUCAUCUCUCUUCCUCUGUGUGAACAAUGAAGGACAACUGAGAGGACAGAGAGAGUUUGCUGAACAAGACUGCAUCUUUAAGGAAUUGCUACUGGAAAAUAGUUAUUCUUGUUUCCUAUCUCCACACAAUGGACUUUCUGUGUCACUCUUCACGAAGCAGUCUAGAAAGAAACCUUGCUCUGAAAUGUCUCUGUUUCUUCCGAUUAUGACUACACAGUUUAUGAUUCCAGCAAGAGAAGACAGCCAGAUACAAGACGUAAACCUGAACUCUGACGACCCACUUGGAAUGGGACACCAGUCGCACAUUCAGAACAUUUUCAGCCCUAGUCUGUACACUUAGAAAUGAAGACUAGAGGACAUUCGUUUUACAUUGUAACUGAUAUCAAGGUU